GGGACCUCAGGCCGGCCCUCCUCCCCCUCCCAAGGCAGGCCGAGGAGCUGAUUGGCCCACAACACAGCCUCCAGCCACCUGCUGCUGUCUGUCUGGGGCCACCCUCCCCGCGCUCCAUGCUGUCCACCAGGCCCAGCGUGGCGACUGUGGCCUGACUCUGGGCCUGCUGCUGCUCAGCCAUCUCCAUGGCAACCAGGGCCAUGGAGGAGCUGGAUGGAGGCCUGGGCAGCUGCCAAGUGGAUGAGGACCUCUCUGCACUGGCUGACCCUUGUCCCGGCCGGCCUCAGGAGGACAGUGUGCGAGGUACCAGAGAAGGUGCCAGGGGAGGAAGCCCACGUCCCCAUCCUCCUUCUGAGUCAGCAACAUCCAGGUUGGCUGACUCCAGCAGCCAGUCCCAUGAUUCUCAGGAGCGGGUGACUGAGGGCAGCCCCACAGGCAGUGUGGACACCAAGCCCAAGAAGAUGGAAAAGGAGCCUGUGUCCAAAGUGACCUCAGGAGCAGGGAAGGAGAGGCUGAAAGCAGGAGCAACCCCCCGGAGCCCGGCACGGAAGAAGGCACAGACCGCACCGCCCCCGCAGCCGCCGCCGCCGCCGCCGCCGGCCCUGAGCGAAGAGCUGCCCUGGGGAGACUUAACGCUCAACAAGUGCCUGGUGCUCGCCUCGCUCGUGGCGCUGCUGGGCUCCGCCUUCCAGCUGUGCCGCGAGGCUAUGGCUGGGGAUGUAGAAGCCCCCGCGCCUGUCCCUGAGUCGUGGGCCUCGUCAAGCUCGUCACCCAAGGGGCUAGCGUCAACCCUGCCAAAGCCUGAGGCCUGGACCCCCUCAGUGAGGCAGCCCGAGCCCCCCUCGAAGUUAGAGGAAAGGGUCCAGAUUCCUAGGAGCGAAGAGGCUGCAGAGAAGGACAAAUGGGAGUCUGAAGAAGCCGCUGAUGGGGACCAUGUGCCCCUCGCCAGCCGAGGGCCCAAGGAGAGCCUGAAGAAGGAGAAGCCUUGGAAGGAGAGGCCCGGGAAAGAGAAGCCACAGAAGGAGGAGAGGCCGAGAAAAGAGAAGCCACGGAAAGAGGAGAAGCCACGUGGUGCCAGGGAGCCCCAGGGAGCCCUACCGCGACGCUGGGAGGCCCGCGAAGGGGGCCAUCGACCUUGGGGGCGAGACUCCGGAGCCCCAGAGGAUAGGAAGAGGCAGGCCUGGGUCUCCCCGCGGCGCCCCGAUGAGGAGGACCGGCCUCUGGGCCGCCAGAAGCGGCGUGCCGGCAAAGGCCGGGACUGAGUGAGACCGGGGUCGUGCGCGUGAGUUUCUGAAUAUCUGCUCUAGGGCCCUGCGGUUCCAGCUAAAUAAACCAAGUGCUGCGGCCUC